CCUCCGAUGUUUUCUAAACGCAAGAAACUUUAAAGCAGCUCGACAAGUUUUCCUCCGGAGAGCGUCGGGCGAAGCGUUACUUUCUGACCGUGUGAUGUGGAGGUGAGCGGCUGACAGGGAAGAGUUCCGGCCUGUCCGAGCACCGGGGGGGGGGGAAACCAAAGUGCACCAUGAAUAUGCACUGUAACGGAUCCACAAUGGAGCUGGAGCUGGUGAAAAUGAAAACACACUUCUGUGGUAAUAUGUUGAUCACAGACCUGGCUCCCACUGUAACCUUUGUGGAGUUGUGUGAGGAGGUGAGAACGAUAUGCAGUGUUGCCAAGCAGCAGCCCAUCACACUCAAGUGGAUCGAUGAUGAAGGGGACCCUUGCACCAUCUCAUCUCAGAUGGAGCUGGAGGAAGCGUUUCGAAUUUACCAUCGAACCAAGAAGUCUGGACUGCUGCUGCACGUUUUCCCCAGUAUCCCGGAGCAGCCUGGCAUGUCCUGUCCCGGAGAAGACAAAUCGAUCUAUCGCCGCGGGGCCAGAAGAUGGAGGAAACUCUACCGAGUCAACGGACACCUCUUCCAGGCCAAGCGCUUUAACAGGAAAGCCUACUGUGGCCACUGUAGUGAAAGGAUAUGGGGGCUGGGCAGGCAGGGCUACAAGUGUAUCAACUGCAAACUGCUUGUCCAUAAGCGCUGUCACAGACUCAUCCCUCAGACCUGCCAAAGGCUUAUGGAUUCAGUCAUGCCAUCACAGGAGCCCCCGUCAGACGCCAAGAGUGAGGAGGUGGACCUUCCACCAGAUGACACAGAGGACACAGAUGGAAUACCCUUUUUACCACACAACUGUACUGUGGAUAAAACAGAUGAUGCAGAUACUGAGGACAUCAAGGCAGUAGUGGAUGGCAUUGAUGGCAUUAAGCUGUCCCAGGGCCUGGCUCUCGGGCUGGGUGACUUUGACCUGAUCCGAGUGAUCGGCCGCGGCAGCUACGCCAAGGUGCUGCUGGUUCGGCUAAAGAAGAAUGAGCAGGUGUACGCUAUGAAGGUGGUGAAGAAGGAGCUGGUCCACGACGAUGAGGAUAUUGACUGGGUGCAGACAGAGAAGCAUGUGUUUGAGCAGGCGUCCACCAAUCCAUUCUUAGUAGGCCUCCACUCCUGCUUCCAGACAGAGAGUCGGUUAUUUCUGGUGAUUGAGUAUGUGAACGGCGGGGACUUGAUGUUUCAUAUGCAACGACAAAGGAAGCUCCCAGAAGAACAUGCCAGAUUUUAUGCUGCUGAAAUCUGCAUCGCUCUGAACUUCCUGCACGAAAAGGGCAUUAUCUAUCGUGACCUGAAGCUGGACAACGUUCUAUUGGACCACGAGGGACACAUCAAGCUCACAGACUACGGCAUGUGCAAGGAAGGGAUCAGACCAGGUGACACCACCAGUACUUUCUGUGGGACACCCAACUACAUUGCACCUGAGAUCCUGAGAGGAGAGGACUAUGGCUUCAGUGUGGACUGGUGGGCUCUGGGCGUGCUGAUGUUUGAGAUGAUGGCUGGCAGGUCCCCGUUUGACAUCAUCACUGACAAUCCUGACAUGAACACAGAGGAGUACCUCUUUCAAGUUAUUCUUGAGAAGCCCAUUCGCAUCCCAAGGUCUCUGUCGGUGAAAGCUGCCAGUGUGCUUAAAGGUUUUCUUAACAAGGAUCCUAAGGAGCGGCUGGGAUGCCAGGUCCAAACGGGCUUCACAGACAUCAAGUCACACACAUUUUUCCGCAAUAUAGACUGGGACCAGCUGGAGAAGAAAGAGGUGACGCCGCCCUUCAAACCUCAAAUCUCUGACGACUAUGGCCUCGAAAACUUUGACACGCAGUUUACUAAUGAACCAGUGCAGCUAACACCGGAUGAUGAGGACGUCAUCAAGAGAAUAGACCAGUCAGAAUUUGAGGGAUUUGAAUACAUCAACCCCCUGCUGCUAUCCACAGAAGAGUCUGUAUGAAGGAGAGACGAAGCUUCCUCCUUCGCCCACCUACUGUCUGUCCAAGCUGCCGUCUCAGCCAAAAACCACUCGCAACUCGCCAACUCUGUAGGGCGAGCAGAAGAGUAAAGGACGACGGGGAGGACGAACUCACCCUCUGGACCUGUCAACAAGGCAAACAGGGGAGUGGGAGAGUUUCCUUCCUGGACGAUUUUGUUUUGUUGGGAGUACCAAACUCUUCUUUCUACAAGGAAAAUAAAGACCCUGAACUACAAGAACAUUCCCUGUUGUUCCACUGUCUUCCCCCUUUUCUUUUCUUUUCUUAAUCUCCCCUGGCUUCAUCCCUCUUUUCCGUCAGAAUGUCCAUCCUCAUGUCAAAGCACGACUGGCUUUGUAAUUUGAACAGAGAGCUGUUGUUGAUUCUGUGCCUGCCAUCAUGAACACAUUUCAACUUGACUCACAUCCCUGGAUGAAUAUGAUAGUUCUGCUAAAGAACUUGACAUUUUAUGUGCACUUUGUUUUCCUUUUUUUUUUAAUCUUGUAGGGCGGGGCAAGGCCUCACACGAGCAAGAAUGUACGAUGACAGGAAAAAAAAUAAGUUAUUAUUGUGUAUUAUAUUGUAGGUAGUGAAUCCAAAAUUGACGAUGCCUUUUUAUUGAUGCAAGUGGCACAUUUUCAUCCGUAAUCACAAACUUUCCUUUUUAUCUUUAUCUCUUAUGGUUUUCACAAACACUUGGGGGGGGGGGGAUAGCAAACUGGGACACAACUUUUUAUUUAAGAAGUGCCUCAAAGAUCAAAUUAAUGACCUUGUCUCUGAAUGCACUUAUCUCUUACUGAACAUUUCUUCACCCAUCAUGGACUCAGCUGUGGCUGAGCUGUGCCAGGGUUGGCCCACAUUGUUCAAAUUUAGAGGGGAAUCAAUACAUUUGGAGCAAAGUGAGCUGCCACAGUCCGACACAUGACUGAAUCUUUUCAUUUUCAAUGAAUAAAUCGAGGUUUUUAAUGAAUCUUCAAUAAAUGACUGAAUCUGGUGGCUGUAAGAGACAAAAGGCUCAAAGGUGAAGUCUACUGUAUAGAUAAUAGAUAGCGAUGACUGUGUCCUGCUUACCGAGAGUUUUUUCCAAUGCUAAACUAUCAUUUUGAACUGUCACAGGUGGCUGUGAUCCAGCAGAGGGCGUCUAUACAGUGCUGGAUAAAACCCAGUAUGAAGGUGUAUGAAGGCCACGGUGCAAUCACAGCCUGGCAGAUUUAAAAAAACAUGAUAUCAGGGCUUCGGCUGAGAGGCAUUUCAUUGGCUCUGGCCUCCACAGUGUGUACAGGCUUGCUGGCCGAGCUCGGAUUCUUCCACACCAGCUGCCACUGCGUGACCAUCUGCAGCCAGUCGAAAAUGUCAUGUGACCGGUGGGUUGUUCUGCUUCGUGGAAACGUGUCUCCAUUUCUAUUUCGGGCUCAUUGUGUGUUUCCAUCACGGCACUGAGGCUGACUUUACAUGGUGCAACUCUGAUGCUACUGCAAAGCCACUAACAUUGUGAAAUUGUUCCUUUAGUCAUAAAGACCAAGUGAAAUGACAAAAAUAAUCUGUUUGGAUUAAAAAAUCGUGCUAAUCCCUCAGGAAGGUCUUAGAGUGGGUGGCCAGCGUUCUUGUUUGGUGGACAGCUAAACUGACUGUAGAGAACAGGCAAAGGACAGACAGCAUUUUAUUAACAGUGACAUUAAAUAGUAAUACUAAAUAGAACUGCAGCUUUUAGGCUGAAACAAUAUAAAACUUAUUAUGAGGACUUUUAAAUCAAAGUCAAAUACUGAUGACAUUUAAUGUUAGACUUUAAAUAAUCACCAUUUUACUCUCAGGAAUCAAAUUUCUCUUGUUUAUAAAUUUUUCACAUGGAGAUUAAAACUAUGUUUCUCAAUUUAAACAUCGGGUUAUUGAUACUUUCUUCACUUAGGUGUUAGAGCUCCAACAUCAGGUACUGACGACAGACAGUUGUUACUCAUGAUGAAGAAGUUUCAAGAUUUUUAAGACUCAACACUUAAAGGUACAGUGUGUAGAAUUUAGUGACAUCUAGUGGUGAAGUGUCAUGUUGCAGCUGAACACCCCUCACCUCACCC